AUGGAUGGGGAUGACAGUUCGAAUGAAUAUCUGUCAACAUUCAAAAGCAAUCAAGCCGCAAUUAAUAGAGGAGUAAAUCCAAAUCGGAUGUACAAAAAUCAGAGCAGAAACAAUGAGCAGUAUCAACAACAUCAUCAGCUACAUCACUGGUCAUCUUCAAUUAAGGAAGUGUCCGUGGCGUUUGGGUCCAACAAAUUGUUGAACGUCAUUUUUCUUGGUGGCAGUUGUGACGCCAGCUUCAUUUAUGUUGCAUCCAUCGAUCACAAGAACGUCAAUUACAAAAGUGGAUACUUGGAAGAAGGAGACAUCAUCCUCGAAGUUGAAGGUGAAAAAGUCUCGGGCUACAUCCUGAAAUCUUUCCUUGACAAGUUGGCAGACUUAGCCAAGGAUAACAAGCCAAUUAUUUUCAAAGCUGUCAAAAAAGGAUUUCAGCCUGCAUUUAAUUGA